GCCCAUGAGUCUGGCAUGCAGUAGAGCUACUAAUAAACUUAUUUUGAAAUUGCGUACAGGGUCUUUAUUGAGCCGCAGUGGCAUAUAGCAUAUUACGGUACAUGUAAACAACAUAAUGUUUUUGACGAAACUGCUACUGCUCGCAGUUUAUUUAACGUAUGUAAUCUGCGAAGAGGACCCAAUUAUUAAUGAUGCCAAAGCUGGACAACCGGCAGAGAAUGAGGCAGACAUAGAUAAUGGAGAUUCUCAAAGCAAAAAUAUCGAUACCACUGUUUACGAAGAAGACCCAAUAAUCAACGAUAACAAAAUACCAGAACCAGAUGAUAUUGUUGGUAAUGGUGGUGAGAGUGUUACCGUCGAGACGAGCCCAGACCCAGUAGACCAAAACGAUGAUCAAACCAAAGACGAACCUAUGACAAUGUCGGACGACCAAAAUCCAGAAAAUGGAAAUAAUAAAGAAAUAAAUGAAGAUGACACCAGUAGCUCGCCUUCUGUGGAUUCGAACACUUACAUCAUACCAAACGUAACGUUGAAAUCAGGCUAUAAAAUGCCUUUGUUGGGACUGGGGGCGUACAGACUCGGGAAGGCCACCUACAGAAUCACUAAAGAGGCUCUGGAAAUCGGCUACCGAUUGAUUGAUACAGCGAAGAAUUACGAAGCGACGAGGAGGGAAUCUUCAGAAGUUGCCAUUGGUAAAGCAAUCGCGGCCAGCGGGGUGCCAAGAUCUGAAAUUUUCAUUACUACAAAAAUAAUGCCCGAUUACUUCCGGAUGAAGGAAAUGCGAAAAGCGGUGAAGGAAAGCUUAAAGAAUUUGCAGACUGACUAUUUGGAUUUGCUUUUAGUGCAUUAUCCGGACUGCGCAGGGGAUCCCUACUGUCGCGCUACUGGUACUUUGCUGGAAGGAUGGAACAACAUGGGUGUUUUGGUUGAUGAGGGAUUGGUUCGCGAUAUUGGUGUGAGCAACGCAUUUAUCGAAGAGAUUGAGAAGCUGUGGAUGGAAGGAGAGAAACAAGUGUCAGUGUUGCAGAAUUGGUUUGAUCCUUACUACCAAGAUCUCAGUACUAGGGGCAUUGCAGCUAAAAAUGGAAUGGUAUUUACAGGAUACAGCACACUAGGAGCUGGGUGGAUUGACGAUGGAAUGAAGAAAAACCCAGUGUUAGCCGAUAGCACAAUUAAACAAAUAGCGGAUCGGAGAAAUUGCGCUCCAAGUGAUGUAAUUUUAAAAUGGGCAGUGACGCGGGGUGUCGCUGUUAUUCCUGGAACAACAAGUUCUAAGCACCUGCACAUGAAUUAUAACAGUUUAAAAGUUGAAUUAACGGAGGAGGAUUUAAUGCUCAUGGACGGUUUGAACAACAAGUUAAAACCUUUGAUUGAUUACGGGAGCCAGCAGGAAGUCCAGGAGGAGGUUUCUUGGGAGUUGGUAAUCUUGUAAGCGGUUUGGUAAACUUCGGUAAAUCGUUGGUUGGUAAACUUGGCUUUGGAGGAUCGAGUACAUCUGGAAUAGUUGGCGGCGAAUUGUGAUAAAGUUUUUACGUCUGAUGUGCGGAAAGAACAUUCCCACUGUUGCAUUUUUACCCGUGAAAUUACUGUAAUAGUCUCUGCAAAUAUAAAGCGUAUUUUCGUUGUUUCGUUCCAUGUACUUGCUUAUGAGUUACCACAUGUGGUAAUGUGGUUUGGAGAGAAGAGAUAAGAAAUAAAUUCCAAUUAAAUAUUUCAUUCGAAAAA